AUGCAGGAAAUGUACGCCAGCCAGGCCGACUGGGACAUGCACCGCGCUACUAUCACGCGCCUCUACCUCCACGAAGACCGCACCCUGCGCGGGGUCAUGGACUACAUGGCCCAAAGACACCGCUUCUUCGCAACCAUGAAGAUGUACCGCACCCGCAUCAAGAAGUGGGAACUCGAUAAGAACAACAAGAUGGCCGAGGUGGUGGAGAUGGUGCGGAUCAAGAAGAAGCGUGACGCCGUAAAUAAGGACUCGCGGUUCACCAUCCGUGGCCGCCGCGUCGACUGGGACGAUGUCGAGCGCUACCUUGCCCGCAACCCGGGCCUGCACACCAAGUUCCAGGACGGCGAGCUCGAGGUCGGCAACGCUGACUACGGUAUCGUCUGCCGCACGCCCUCGCCCGACCCCGUGCGCGCCCUCGCCGUGCCGGGCAACCUCGACGGCGCCCGCGACGUGCGCGUGCACGAGGAGAUCCUGCAGCUCUUCGCCACCUACACGGCCGGGUCCUACGACCAGGGCACCUGGAAGCUCUGGCCCGCCCACAAGCGCUUCUUCGGCCCCGGCGGCGCCAGGGCCCACUCGCGGCUCAACAACUGGGCCUCGAGCUUCCGCACAGUGACGGACUGGACGGGUUCCGAGGCCGACUCCGUCCGCCUCAUCAACUCCCACAUGGAGGAGGUGCAGCAGAUCAUCAAGGACGAGGACAGCACCAUGUUCCCUUGCCUGGUCCGCGCCUGCUUCUACCUGUCGUCGCGGCGGCCUCUCGUCGGCGCCCAGGUCAGCAGCUUCGUCGCCUCCAUGUUUGCCGUGGUCCUGGGCCGCCACCACCCCAUGACGCGCAUCUGGUCGCGCAUCAAGACGCUGCCCAUCGCCGAGUACCUGCUGGUGCUCGAGACGGCCACGCGCGUGCGGCUCGACCACCUGCUGGCCUUCCACGCCGACGGCCUGCAAGACGACAACGUCAUCCGCGCCAUGCGCGAGUACCUCCUCGUGCUGCGGCUGCGGCCUUCGGUCAACGCCGGCGAGGUCAACCGCAUCGUGCAGCUGGCGCUCGACACGCUCCAGGACGUGCCCGGCCACCAGCUCACGAGCCACCACGCGCGCCUGCUCGUCAACGUGUCGAGCGCGCAGAUGGCCAACGCCGAGUACGACUCGGCCGAGCAGACGCUGGACCGCAUCGACGCGUGGGUCGGCCGGGGCGGGGACGAGGACUGGACGUUCCGGCGCGUCGAGGGCGACAGCCUGUUCAACAGGGGCUUCCUGUGCAUGUUGCUGGGGCGCAAGGACGAGGCCCACGAGUACCUGGUGCGCGUGUUCAACGGCAUCGUGCGCGACUACGGCACGUCGACGACGCUCUACAUCGACAUCCUCACCGGCCUGGUCACCAUGCCCGUCAGCCGCGACACGGCCGAGAACGAGGCGUGGCAGCGCAUGCUGCGCGAAGCCCAGGAAUCCCUCCAAGCCAUCUUUAGCUUCAUGUACCGCCUCGAGGAGCAGGAGGGGGGACUCACCUCGGACGGGCCCUGGGACACUGACGUAGGGCAUCUGCACGCCGCCAAGCUGCGCCUGCCUCGCCUGCACAAGACGUGCCACGACAUACUGCCGGGCGUCAUGUACGAAUACUGGGACGACGACGACGACAUCAAGCGCCUCAACCCGGAGAAGCCCAAGGCCGGCAAGGCCAAACCCGCCGACCGCGCCGAGGUCGCGUCGGCUUGGGAACCAAUCACGCCCCCGAAGGAGGAAACAAAGACUUGA